AUGUUCCGUUCAACCAAAAAGUCUAAGCAAAAGUUGCACAAGCAGCAAGACAGAUAUUCCACACCCGAAGCCAAGGCUCGCGUUCCCCUCGACUGCCUCCCUCACGACACCAUCCUCUCGGCCGUGCGGGCGCUCGGUGUGGAGGGCAGGCUCCUUGCUUACAUCGAGGCCUUCCUCGCCGGGAGAACAUCAGCUGUCCGAGUCGGGGGCACGGUCGGCUCGCCCCGUCCUGUGAGCUGCGGUGUGCCUCAGGGAAGCGUGUUCAGCCCGUUUUUGUUCAACCUUGCCCUCGCGCCCAUCAUCGAGUGCAUUCCCAAAACGGGCCGCUUCCCUGUGCGUGCUGUGCUCUACGCAGACGACAUCGCGCUCCUCGUGCACGGGCCGACCUCUGCGACGGAAGAGAUGCGCUACCGGCUUCAGGCGGCGCUGGAGGGCGUCGCGAACUUCCUGCGCGCCAUCGGCUUGCGGCUGUCGUCGACGAAAUCCGAGGCUAUCCUGAUCCGCCCCUGCAGUGUUCGCCGCCGCACCGGCUGCGUGCUCGUCGAAGGAGUGCCCCUGCCCUGGCGCCUGACAGUGCGGUACCUGGGGCUCACGAUAGACAACCGCCUCACGUGGUUCGCUGCUGUGCGCCGGCUGCGCGCUGAGAUGCGCCGAGUGGAGAGUGCGGUGCGCGGCCUUCUCGCCCGUGGCGACGGCUGCCCUGCCUCGUUCGCGGCGGCGCUCUACUCUGCGGUGGCACUGCCGAAAGUGUUGUACGCGCUACCACUGUGUCGUGUCAGUGCCCGGCUGUGGAAGCUCAUCGACAGCGACCACCGCCGAGUGCUUCGCAUGUGCCACGGCCUCCCUCGCUCAUCGCGGGUUGCGGAGACGCUCGCGGAAACUGGCGCGUGGCCCGUCUCUUUGACGGCUGACCUGCGUGCCCUCGGCCACCUCGAGCGCCUCUCCUGUGCCCCGGACGCAGGACCCAUCCUGUCCCUCAUCCGUUGCCUGCCACAGUCACGAGUGGGAACAGUGUGCGAACUGUAUGACAGCCUGGUGGUCGACCCUCCGCCCGUACCGCCGACCUGGCAACCGCCACACCAGCGCACGCCACUUCACGUGUGUCUCGACCUCCCGGGCGUCCGCUCCAAACAUCGCACGCCUCUCUGCGCUGUACAGCAGGAGACUGCUGCCAGGAUCGAGGACGACCUGGGAGGAAGGACGCACUUGUAUACCGAUAGCUCCGUCCUCAGCGACGGCUCGGCGGCUGCCGCCUGUGUUGCUCCCGAACUUGGCAUCACGAAGCAGUGCCGGCUCUACUACCGGGCUUCCUCUACCACGGCGGAGCUAGCUGGACUUCACCUCGCUGCGGACAUCCUCGAGGAGUCGCCGCACAUCUCCAGUGCGGCGAUUCUCUGCGAUUCGAGGUCCGCGCUGCAGCAGCUGCUACUCGACGAGCGCGCGCCGCCCCUUGCACAGCGCCUUGCCGUCCGUCUGCACGCACUGCAGGGGCGAUGCAACCUACGCCUGCAAUGGAUCCCCUCGCACGUCGGAGUCGCGGGCAACGAGACGGCGGACCAGCUGGCCAGGCGCGCACACGACCCAUCGACCGCGCUGACAGACCGGAAGUUUAAGGAGCGCCAAAUCACCACAAAGUCGACCAUCGUCAGCGAGUGGGACGUGCUGCGAAUGAACACAUGA